GUUCCACUGAGAAACGUGAGUAUCUCCAAGCAAGAUUCCCACAGCUGGAUGCUAAUAGCUUUGCCAGCUCUCGGAAUACUACCUUUGAGCAACAUAUACUGCGAGUUACCAAUGGAAAAGGUGUCAACCUUGUGUUAAAUUCCUUGGCAGAAGAGAAACUCCAAGCCAGUUUGCGUUGUCUUGCUCGACAUGGGCGCUUUUUGGAAAUAGGCAAAUUUGAUCUGUCUAACAACAGUCAGCUUGGAAUGGCUCUCUUCCUCAAGAAUGUGGCAUUUCAUGGGAUCCUACUAGAUGCAGUCUUUGAGGAUGGAAACCAAGAGUGGGAAGUAGUGUCAGAGUUGUUGAAGAAAGGCAUAAAAGAUGGUGUAGUAAAGCCCCUGAGGAGUACAGUCUUCAACAAAGAAGAGGUAGAAGCUGCCUUCAGGUUCAUGGCACAAGGGAAACAUAUUGGCAAAGUUAUGAUCAAGGUCCAAGAAGAGGAAAAGGAAUAUCCUUUAAGAAGGUCUGAACCAGUUAAAAUCUCUGCAAUCUCCCGAACCUCCUGUCCACCUACCAAGUCUUACAUCAUUACAGGGGGCCUAGGAGGAUUUGGGCUUGAGUUGGCACAGUGGCUAGUUGAGAGAGGAGCCCAGAAGCUUAUACUGACAUCCCGUUCUGGCAUACGAACUGGCUACCAGGCUAAACGUGUUAGAGAGUGGAAGGCACUGGGAAUCAAAGUGUUGGUAUCUACCAAUGAUAUUGGAACACUAGAAGGAGCACAGCUAUUGAUAGAAGAAGCUUUGCAGCUUGGCCCAGUUGGAGGCAUCUUUAAUUUGGCUGUGGUUCUUAGAGAUGGCAUGAUUGAAAAUCAGACCCCGGAAUUCUUCUGGGAGGUCAACAAGCCCAAGUAUUCAGGCACCCUUCAUUUGGAUUGGGUGACUCGUAAGAAGUGUCCAGAUCUGGACUAUUUUGUUGUGUUCUCCUCUGUAAGCUGUGGGAGAGGAAAUGCUGGGCAAAGUAAUUACGGCUUUGCCAAUUCUACCAUGGAACGUAUCUGUGAGCAGCGACAUCAUGAUAGACUCCCAGGCCUGGCAAUCCAAUGGGGAGCCAUUGGUGAUGUGGGUAUCCUUCUGAAGACAAUGGGAAACAGAGAGGUUGUCGUUGGGGGAACCAUUCCCCAGCAAAUCAGCUCAUGCCUGGAGGUGCUCGAUAUCUUCCUGAAUCAACCUCAUCCUGUCAUGUCCAGUUUUGUGCUAGCAGAAAAGGUCUCUGUAAAAACUGAAGGAGGCAGUCAACGGGAUCUUGUGGAAGCUGUUGCUCACAUCCUGGGUGUCCGUGAUGUGAAUAGUCUGAAUGCUGAGAGUUCCUUGGCAGACUUGGGCUUGGAUUCCUUGAUGGGUGUGGAGGUGCGCCAGACCCUGGAGAGAGACUAUGACAUCAUUAUGACCAUGAGAGAAAUUCGACUCCUUACAAUCAACAAACUGCGUGAACUUUCUUCCAAGUCCGGGACAGCAGAGGAGCUGAAGCCAUCCCAGCUGAUGAAGACGGGCGUGGGUGAACCUCCAAAGCUUGAUUUGAACAACUUGUUGGUGAACCCGGAAGGGCCAACAAUCACCCCUCUCAAUGAUGUUCAGAGCACAGAGCGCCCUCUUUUCCUUGUUCACCCCAUUGAAGGAUCCGUUGCAGUUUUCUACACUCUCGCCUCCAGACUUCAUAUGCCCUGCUAUGGGCUCCAGUGCACAAAAGCUGCUCCCUUGGACAGCAUACAGAGCCUGGCAGCCUAUUAUAUUGACUGUGUGAAGCAGAUACAGCCUGAAGGACCUUACCGCAUUGCUGGAUAUUCUUUCGGUGCCUGUGUAGCCUUUGAAAUGUGCUCCCAACUGCAAGCACAACAGAAUGCUCCCCAUGUGCUCAACAGUCUAUUCCUCUUUGAUGGGUCUCAUUCCUUUGUGGCAGCAUACACUCAG